AUGACAUCGGGAUGUGACGCUCGAGUGCACCGCCAAACCACCACCUCGUCAACUCCGUGGAGGAAGAAAACCCCUAAAGGUUCCUCAAAAGAGGUAGCGGCGACAGAACAUGAGCGCUUCAUUCGAGCUCUGCAAGCACAACUAGGAACUCCCGCCCUGUGCUCAUGUGCAAAAGCUGGUUCAAAAUCUAGCUCGUCGUCUCAACCGUGUGCCAACAACUGCGCUUUGUACAACCAGCCCAAGAAGCGUGAAAAGCUCCUCGCAAGUGUGUACAAGCAACAGCAGCAAGACACGACUACGACUGCUGCUUCGACAAUCCGUUAG